CAAAAGAGGCCAGAAGCUCUUCUAGCCAAAAAAACAAACACCCCUGAUACUAAAAAGUAAAAACCAUUGUGAUUAAGAGGAAUAUUCUUAGAGCCGAAAGCCAAGAACAUCCCGUGAAUACCCCCGAAAAGACUGUUGUUGGAAUGGGAUCUCCAAACGGCGUUUCAUGCGAAAAUCUCCCACAAUUCCUAUCCUCUUUCGUCGACACCUUCGUCGAUUUCUCCGUCAGCGGCGGCCUCUUCUUGCCGCCGCAACCGAACCCACCUCGAAGUCCCGACGCCAGCGUAACCCCCGACUCCAAUGCACCACCACGGCUGCAGACCGUAUUCCGAGCGCCGGCCCGUCUCAUCGCCAUCGGCGACCUCCACGGCGAUCUUCCUAAGACCAAGGAGGCGCUCCGCCUCUCCCGGUUAAUCGACGACCGCGAUCGAUGGUGCGGCGGAUCCGCCACGGUUGUUCAGGUUGGAGAUGUACUCGACCGCGGCGGCGACGAGCUGAAGAUUCUGUAUUUUCUCGAGAAAUUGAAGAGGGAGGCCGCCCAGGCCGGUGGCAGCGUGAUCACGAUGAACGGUAAUCACGAGAUUAUGAACGUGGCCGGAGAUUUCCGAUAUGUGACCAAACGAGGUCUUAAGGAAUUUGAGAAUUGGGCUUUGUGGCAUUCUGUGGGGAAGAUUUUGAAGGAGAGGUGUGAAGGUGCAGGGGAUAAAGAGUCCUUCAAGGACCCCUUUGAUGGGGUACCCUUCGAAUUCCCAGGGCUUAAGCCAGAGUAUAUUGCAGGAAUUAGGGCACGCAUUGCGGCGUUAAGGCCCCAUGGACCUAUUGCAACUAGGUUUUUAUCACAAAACCAAACUGCUGUGGUCGUUGGGGAUUCAAUUUUCGCGCACGGUGGACUCUUGCCCAUACAUGUGGAGUAUGGGUUGGAGAAGCUGAAUGAGGAGAUAAGAGAAUGGAUAUCGGGGGCGAGGAAGACGGUUUGGAGGGAGUUGGUCAAUGGGAGAGACUCGAUCGUUUGGCUGAGGAAGUUCUCGAAUCAGGUGGAGACCGAUUGCGAUUGUUCCACCCUUGAGCAUGUGCUGGCUACCGUUCCGGGCGCAAAGAGGAUGAUCAUGGGGCAUACCAUUCAACGGAGCGGGAUCAAUGGGGUUUGCAAUAACCAGGCUAUAAGGAUUGAUGUUGGCAUGUCCAAAGGGUGUAUCAAUGGAUUGCCAGAAGUCUUGGAGAUAGACGGGGAGUCAAGAGUGAUGAUCUUGACAUCAAAUCCUUUGUAUCAAAGUGGCAAUGAUAGUCGCAUUGACGCCGGAGCUAAAGAUAAAUAUGAACAUGAUGGCUUCAAGUUCCCUCCACAGAAAGGAGGAAGGCAAGUGGAGGUUAAUGCUUGAUUCUUUACUUGGUUGCCCGAAUUUGAGUUUUGUCUCGCGGGAAGCUCGGUUUGUGAUGAUUCCUCUAGGCGGGGUUCUUCACUCACUUAGAGCUCGUUCU